AUGGCCUCGUCAAUCAGCAUCAAUGGCGUCAGCGUAGAGCUUAACCAUGACUGUGAUGGAUCAGACACCAUCUACAUUAUCCUUCGCACCAAGGGCAUGCCGCUGAACAAAAAGCAAAAGACAAAGCUCCUAGAACUAGGGGUCCACGUCAAUGAGUUCGUCGGUGACGAGAAACAACAGAUCUACCUCUGUGGUUUCCAUCAAGAUUCUCUGGAUAAGGUCCAAGAUCUGGGCUUUGUUGAGUACGCGGGCGAGUACGUGGAGGAAUUUGCCCUAACAAAGAAAGUCCAGCAGGACGCAAAAGGACAAACUUGCAAUGUCGCAAUCAUGCUACAUCAAGAUGUGGAGGAGAUCACUGAAGAGUUGACUGAAAAAAUAGCAGAAGCUGCCAAUGUCGACCCAUCCGCAAUUGUUGUAGAGGACAGAGGACUUCAGGUCAAGGUUGCGACGGACAAGUUGGAUGGGAUAGCAGCCCUGGAUGAAGUCCGGGUGCUUCAUACAGCUAACGAAGCGGCUUUGUUUGAUACAAAAGCUCGUCAGAUUCUCCGAGUUGACGAGGCCCUGGCACCCAAAAGUCACACGGAAACUCAGAAUAUUGUUUACCGAGGCGAGGGCCAGAUAGUCUGCGUUGCAGAUACUGGUUUGGAUCGUGGCUCCAAGACCAACGUCCACGAAGCAUUCAGUGGACGAGUCAAAGAAUUAUUUGCUUGGGGUAGACCUGAAACAAACCUCGCAGAUGACUUGGAUGGCCACGGCACCCAUGUUUGCGGAUCGGUCCUUGGUUCAGGCCAACAUCAGUCGCAUGGCUUGGUCGAAGGCGUAGCACCAGGAGCAGAGCUACUCGUGCAAUCGCUGUUCAGCAAGUUCAAUCCCUUGAACAACGCACCUCGGCUUGAUGGACUGCCCAAGACGAAUUUGGGUCCGCUCUUCCAGCAGGCCUAUGAUGCAGGCGCUCGAAUCCAUACCAACUCUUGGGGAUCUCCGCUACCUAUGUCGAGGAUUCAGCGACCCUACGACGGACGCUCAGAGAGCAUCGACCAAUUUGUUCAUGAAAACCAAGAUAUGACGAUUCUCUUUGCAGCCGGCAACGACGGUCAGGAUGCUGAUCUGGACGGCAAGCUUGAUGGGGCAAUCAACGAACGAUCGUUGGGAGCAGAAGCAGCUGCCAAGAACUGCAUUACAGUUGGAGCAACGGAGAAUGAUCGACCUGACCUCGCUUCUAGUGACUCUAAGCGCCCUUACACGUACGGAGGGUUCUGGACCCAGAGGUUUGCCGUCAAUCCACUUCGUGACGACCACAUGGCCAACAAUCCAGAUGGAUUGGCAGCCUUUAGUAGCCGCGGCCCAACAGCAGAAAAUAGGCUAAAGCCAGACAUUGUUGCUCCUGGAACAGCCAUUCUCUCAGCACGCUCCCAGAAUAAAAAGUAUCUUGGAGGAGUUCAUCUUACUGGAGAAUCUGGAGAUAGCAAGUACAUGUACUUGGCCGGAACGAGCAUGGCUACGCCACUCGUGGCAGGUUGCUGCGCUGUUCUUCGCCAGGCUCUCAUUGCCAAUGGAUAUCAAGAUGAGCAAGAUGGAGUCAAGAACCCUACUGGCUCUUUGAUCAAGGCCCUACUUAUCAAUGGAGCUGCUCCAGUGGGUGGUCAGUACAUGCCCGAUGGGGUUAAUGAAGGGUACAAUGCACACUCUGGGUUUGGACGAGUUGACCUCUCUGCGUCAAUUCCCGGCAUCAAUGAUGCUUACUCGGGUUAUGGCAUUGGGGUUGUUGAUGAAGAUGACGAUGAUCCCUUUGAGUACACGGUGAACAUUCCGAAACCGUUAGAGGGAGAUAAUGGUUCUUUGACGCUGAAAGUCACUAUGGUGUAUGCAGACCGCCCAGGCGGCAAGCUUCAGCACGACCUGAACCUUGUGGUUGCCAGCGGCGAGCUCGAACGCCAUGGUAAUCAAGUGAACAAGUCGUUUCCACUUGGUGCCGCUGAGGGAUUUGAUCGUCGUAAUAAUGUCGAGCAAGUUGUAUGGCACCAUGUCCCCGUCGGAUCAGUACGCAUAAUUGUAAAGCCAUUCCGUUUCAUGGGCGAGCGAGUGCCUUUUGCUUACGCGUGGAGGCUUGUCAGGUCAUUUUGA